AUGGAAUCCUCCAAAGCUCUGCAAAUAAUGUUGUCUUCUGCCAUUCUUGUUCUUCUACUUGUGUCCGUAUUCCCUGAUACAGAGGGAUGUAGGGCUGCAGACGGAUCCAACGGCCAUGUCCAAUUCCACAAAGUUUCUCACUACGAAUUCAGCGGACCCAAAUGGCCUCCUUCCAAGUACAACCUCACCUACGCGUUCCUCGGAAAUUACCCAUCCGACAAAAUAAACCCAGUGGCUCUAGAUUUCGACCAGUGGGCUGCAAAUAGCGGUUUCACAUUCUCACAAGUUCCCAACAAUACACAAUCUGAUCUCACAAUAAGCUUCCAGAGACUGGACCAUGGAGACAACUCUCCGUUUGAUGGCCCCGGGGGAGUGCUGGCCCAUGCCUAUGAUCCGGAGGACGGCAGGUUUCACUUCGACGCCGAUGAUUCCUUUGUGGUGGGCGCUGUUGCUGAUUCUUUUGACGUGGAGACGGUGGCGGUGCAUGAGAUUGGCCAUCUUCUGGGCCUCGACCACAGCCUGGUUCAGGAGGCUGUUAUGUACGAGUUCAUUACUUCUGGUGCUACCAACCGCGACUUGCAUCCCGAUGAUAUUGCUGGAAUCAAGGCUUUGUAUGGAUUCUGA